AUGUUGUACACGAUAGCACUCUUCGUCACGCUUGUUGGCUUGGCAGCAGCACAGUCCUCCGGUCAAUUCGCUGACUUAAUCAACGACCUCCAGGGAACAUGGUCCACUGGUAGCGGUGCCGUCCGCACUGGUCCUGGCUUCUGGAAUCCCCGCACACAGCAAUUCACAGUCCCACCAACAGCGGGCCGCUCUUUCAGCUUCACAAAAGAUGGUUUCUGGGAAGAAGCCAUGUUCCAGUGGUCCAAUGAUCCAACCUUGCCCGAAUGCGUAUCAGCCACCCUCCUUUGGCAGCACGGCAACUACUCCUUCAACCCCAUCAACGGCACUCUUCGCAUGGAUCCUUUCUGGGGCGAUGGCUUUCAAACUCAAUGGAUUGGCUGCGACGCUACCUCCUCAGCAACCAGCAACAACACAGCAGCACCCGUGGCCAGUUACAAUCAGGUCUACUUGUACGACCCUCCCGCGGUCAGCAUCGACUCGCACUAUGGCGUUUCAAGCUACAAGUUGGAGAUGGCUCAGUUGAGCGGAGAGUUGCUCAACCCAAUGUGGAAGGUGCUGAACCCUCCAUCUAUGUUGCCUACUGAUGUGUUGCAUAUCAAGAGGUACGGUCUCGAAUAA